AUGAAGAGCGUCGUAAAUCAGGGACAGCGGAAGGUGCGAGCGGUAAGGCAACAGUGCGCUACGUACCAGAAUCUGAUUCGGGUGCGCGUCCAGCUCCAAAAGUGUUCGGUCAACACAUCGCGUUGGCCACACCCUUGGUUGUCGAAGGCAGUCAGCAGCAUUGAAUUGGCGCCAGAGGAGGCUACAUAUGAGGACACUACGGCCAUUCAACGCAACGUCGGUAAUAUUUUCCUCCGGUUGUACGGAAGACUUGCUUCCCUGAAGAAGUUGAACCUUGCAGACGGCGACCCAUUUGAGAGUAUAGACAUUUUGCCCAGGAGGCGUGACGAGAUUCUGGAACGUCUGGACCACUGGAACCAGAAGACCAAUGUGAAGGUGGACAAGUCGUUCGAGGUGCUGAACAAAAGCAUUUCAUCGCAAGUACACUAUUUUUUGGAAAACAAUGUCGAUUUUUUGAAAAAGGCACGACCAUCGAAGAUACCAGAUAACGUCAUUGGUUACGGGCUGCUGCAGGACAAGCUGGGUCUGCAAGAUUGCCGCAAGAUUAUCUUGUCAGAGCUUUACAACGACCAGCUGUUUUAUGUUCAGCUGUUACGAUUUCUCAUCCAAACGGGCGCGGAAAGCGACGCCAACCUGCGUGAGGAGGAGCAGCAAUUAAGAAACGACCACUCGGAUAAGCCGCGCAUGUCCGUUGCGAAAACUUCGAAAUCGCGUCGUCUACGCUAUACAGUGGUUGAGAAAUUGCAGAACUUCGUGGUUAGUGCAUCUUUCGUGCUGACGAAAAGCGAACAGGAGCGUACGAGAAAUAAGGCCAUCACCAGCCCUGACGUGGUCGACCUUAUCAUUCGGUCUCUGUUUAAAUCGUAA